AUGCCUAGUCCACCAUCAUCGUUGAUAGAAAAUUACUUAAGGGAAGCGGGUUUUUGGCACGCGGCCACUAUAGGCCGAGGGUACAAGUUGAACCCGAAACUCAUCAGCGCGUUAAUAGAGAGGUGGAGACCGAAGAUGCACACAUUCCAUUUUCCAUGCGGAGAGUGUACUAUCAUUUUGGAGAAAGUCCAGUUACAAUUAGGAUUGCCAGUAAAUGGGGCCGCACUCACUAGGUCCGUUCAAUUUGCUGAUUGGGGUGCCAUAUGCUAUGAUCUUUUGAAUACGAUUCCGGAUAAUAUUUACAAAGGUCGGAUCGAGAUGGGCUGGUUACUAGACACAUUCUCGGAGUUGGGGAAUGAUUCGACUGAAGUAGAAAGAAUACGAUAUGCUCGGGCAUACAUCCUUAAUAUGAUUGGAGGUUAUCUGAUGUCGGACUUGUCAUGA